AUGGCCACGACAGGCGUGUCUCUCACGCCUGCUCCGGCCUUGGUCCCUUCACUGGCUAUGGCGCCUGCCUUGGCAGCUAGACCUUCCGUGGCCCCAUCGCCUGGUCCCGGCACGCCCGGCUCUAUCACAUCGAAAGAAUGGGUUAUACCUCCACGUCCGAAGCCUGGUCGCAAGCCAGCGACCGAUACGCCGCCCACCAAACGAAAGGCUCAGAACCGAGCUGCCCAGCGAGCAUUCCGCGAGCGGCGGGCCGCCCGAGUUCAGGAGCUGGAGGAGCUGAUGAAAGACAUGGAAGAUAAUCAUGACAGUCAAGCUUCAACGCUCACUGAACAAAUUAACAGUCUUACGCGUGAGGUCGAACAGUGCCGCGAGGAGAUGGCCUGGUGGCGUGACCGAUGCCACACUCUGGAGAAGGAAGUAUCGGUUGAACGCAGUGCAAAGGAAGCCCUUGUCAAGGAAUUCCGAGCUUCAAUGUCCAGCUCGAACGCCAAGUCUUCCAUGCCGGACUCAGUUCCUCUACCGCCUCGUAAGCGUCCUGCUACCCGCAGCACCCGGAUGGAAGAUGUCAUUCCUAUUAGUGCAGCGCGCAACCGAGAGCCAGAACCGGAGAAUAUGCCUUUGGGUUGUACCGACUGCUCUUCUGCGCACUGCCAGUGCAUCGAGGAUGCCUUCGGUAUACCCAUUGACACUCACGAGUCCCGUGGCAGACAUCCUCCCCACGGUGUCGGCAGCCCGGAGCGCGAAAUCUCAGAGCCCGAGAUCAAACCCGACCCGGAAGAGAUGGAGAUUGAUUUCACUGCUCGAUUCUCCGGUGUCCCUGCCCAACAAAACUCCCACCACCAGCACAAUGAUGAUGUUUCUUCGCCCCCAGUCGAUCCCUGUGGCUUCUGCCAGGAUGGCACUCCCUGCAUCUGUGCCGAGAUGGCUGCCCAGGAACAGCAGCGCAACAACGGCCGCCGCAACUCCUUUGACAACCCUCGUCUCGCUCCCAUCCAAUCCAUCUCACAGUUCACUCCACCACCCUCUGAAGGUGACGUGAUUCUCCCCCCUAUCAGUCAAGCUACGAAUCCCUGUGCGAACGGGCCAGGUACUUGCGCCCAGUGUCUUGCCGAUCCCCGAAGCACCCUUUUUUGCAAGACGCUGGCAGCCUCCCGGUCAGCGAGCGGAACUCCAGCGGGAGGAGGCUGUUGCGGCGGUAAGGGAACCGACGGCGGAUGUUGCAUGUCAAGAAAUGCCCCCGCCACCCCGACCACGCGUAACAACCCCUCCAUGCCUUCGCAACCUGCCGCACCCAAGCCCUCUACGCCCAAUGCGCUCACCUUGAGCUGCGCCGACGCCUUCACCACACUUUCCCGCCACCCCAAUUUCUCUCGAGCCAGCGAUGAGAUCUCCACCUGGAUGCCUAAGCUCCAUACCCUUCCGAACCCUCGCGAUCAGGCUGCUGCCGCAGCCGCACAACUGAACGGUGACCGCGGCGCCUUGGAAGUCGAAGCCGCAAGUGUCAUGGGUGUGCUCCGUUACUUCGACAGGCGCUUUGCCUCGAAAUAA